CUCUACUACACUGAACCAUCAAAGUCAAGAUUAAAUUAAGUUAAGUUAAGCUAAGCCAAUCUAAUGUCAGCCCGCCGCUACCGCUCGGCAAUCGCGUGCGAAUCUUGUCGCCGCCGCAAAGUCCGUUGUAGUCUGACUGUUACCGGGAUUCCGUGUAUCGGAUGUGCGCAGGAUCGCGCAGAGUGUGUGGUUGAUGAGAGGAGGAGCUUGACGUUGAGUAGGGUUCAGGAGCGGAGGGCUCGGCAGACGAACUCACAGUCACAUUCACCUGGACAUAGAUCUAAUGAUGUUGUGCCGUCGUCGAGGCAACAGUUUAAGAAUCCUGUUCAUCACAUUGAGGCGUCAGAAUCACCUUCGCAUGCUAGUGACCGGAUACAAGAUGAAGAGCGCAACGGGCUUGAAAUUGCAGCUGCAGCACUGGGCCAGCCUGAAGGUGUCGGGCAGGUCCCUUUUUACACUGGCGACCAAACUGGCAUAACAUCAACCCUAGACCUCUGCUCCCCCGAACAACAUCUCCCGCGCCACCUGCUCCUCCCAAUGCACAUGUCGUCAUCACUCUCCAGCGAAGAUAGAGAAUAUCUAGCGAGUAAAGGCGUAUUCACGCUACCUGGGAAAGAGGCGUGUGAUAGUUUGAUCCGAGCGUAUUUCCGACAUGUGCAUCCAAUUAUGCCGAUUGUUGAGGCGGAUGGGUUGUUGGGUGCUGUUGCGGCGGGAAGAUUGGGAGGUUAUAAUAUAUUGUUGGUGUGGAGUGUGUUUUUUGCUGCUGUUAAUUUCAUUCCGAUACCGAUAUGCCAGAGUGAGGGCUAUGAGUCCCGGAAAGCGAUGAAAGCAGCCAUGUACUCAUGCGCAAAGUCCAUGUACAACCACACAACCGACCGGACCACCCUCCUCCAAUCCUCCCUCCUCUUGGGCUUUUGGCACUCCGAGACAGACCAACACGCCGCCCCCUGGUACUGGACCGGCAUCUCCGUCAAUAUGUGCCAAAUCCUCGGCCUCCACCGCAACCCUGACAACACCAACAACCCCAGUACAACCACCUCCACGCGCCGCAACGCCUCAAUCACAGAUCGCCAGCGGCACCUCUGGCGACGCCUCUGGUGGACAUGUUUCUUCCGCGACCGCUGGAUGAGUCUUACACUUGGGCGGCCAAUGAGGAUCGACUUGAAUGAUUGUGAUAUGCCGAUGGCUAGGGCAGAGGAUAUGUUGAGUGAUCUUGAAGGUGUGGACGGGGGGACGAAGGAAGCGUUUCUGCCCGGGGAUUUGGAGAGGAUGGCCGAAUUUUGGGUGAUGCUGGUGGAGAUGAGCAAGGUGCUGGGGAAAGUGUUGAAGUUGAAUUAUCAGGCGUUGAGGGGGAGGCCUGAGUUGGGGGAGGUUGAGGUGCUGGAGGCGCAGAUAUUGUCUUGUCGGUGUCCGGAUGUUGGUGAUGGGGAUGAUGGGGAGUUGAGUCGGGAGGCGGUAUUUUAUGUUUAUCAUUUGCAAUUGCAUUACCAGGCGAUUCUCAUCAUGUUCUACCGCCCCUACGGGACCGAAUCACCAGAAGGUCUGCAUCCAACACAACAACAAAAAUGGCAACACCGAAUGCGCUGCGAAGCCGACACAGCAGCUUCCCGAACAAACGACAUCCUCGAUAUGUUAGCCCAGGAGAAUCUCCUCGAAUUUGCCCUUCCAAUGACUCCGCCCCUUCUCGUUCCAGCAAUGCAAAUGCACCUCCUAAACUGCAACUCUGCAAACUCCCUCUCGCGACGAUUACGUCUAAACAAGCUUAAUGUCUGCAUGAUGGUCAUGGAGGAGUUCCAGAAGGUGUAUACCGUUGCGUCGAUUUACCGGGGCAUUUUUGCAAAGGCGAUCCAGCAGUUUUAUGCCUGUGAUGCGGGUGUUAUGGGGAUGUCUAGUCCUACUUGGCUUACUGUGAAUGCUAAUGCAACUGCGUCUGCGAAUGUGAAAACAGUUGAGCCUCCUGCGCCGGUGACCGCUCCUGUUGCGUCUGUUCCGGUGGCUGUUGAUGCUGGUGCAGGUGUUGGUGAUGAUGAUGGGCAAGUUCAAGCUGGGAAUAUUCCAUUUGGGGGUGAUGUGAACAUGAACACCGAGAUGACUAGUGACCUGAUCGAUGCGCUGGUUGAUGAAGCGUCUACAUUCAAUUUUUGGGAAACGUGGGGACAGUUAUGGGUUGAUCAGUGAUCGUAUUAAUACCGAUAGACUA